AUGAUUAACCCACUUCGACAGACCCGCUUGCCUUCCUCCAUCCUCGCCUUCAGAGCUGUUACCCUCCGGCGCCAGACACCUGCUCUUCUCAGAGCCUUCCACAGCUCUCCUGACAAGAAGAACCUUGCCCCGGUAGCUACCGAGUCCCAGUCCCACCAAAACAAUAAGCUUCAGCAGCCACAGGUUCCUGCUCCAGAGUUGCAGGGCGGCCUCCCCGCCUUGGCCCCUCCUUCCUUUUCUUACUUGAAGGACUUUACCGUUGGCGAGUUGUUUUCCUUUAUGACCAUCGGCGCUGUGGCUUCUCACAAGUCUCUUUUGAACUUGGCCAUCAAGGCUUUCCCUUUUGUGCCUAUGCCUGUCAUUAAGGCUCUUGUCUACAACAUCUACUGUGGAGGUGCGAACAUCGAUGAGGUUAAGAAGACCGGCUCUAGAUUGGCUCAAAGAGGCAUCAACAACAUGAUGCUUUCCUUGACCAUCGAGGCCUGUAACGGUAACGAUAACAUCGACCCUAACUUUAUCGUCGAACAGACCCAGACUUCUGUUGACGAGAUUUUGAUUCCCCACACCAUUUCCAUGCUUGAGACUUCCGGUAAAGACGUUAACUCUGUUCCACCAGGUUACGUUGCCUUGAAGCCAACCGGCUUCGUUAAGGAUGCCGCUACUGUCUUGAAGAACUUUGACCAGCCUGAAUACAAGGAACUGUUCGAAGACUUGGUUUCUAAGAUUUCCGCUAUCUGCCAAACCAUUUACGAUGCCAACCAAAGAUUGGCUCAGUUGUACCCUGCCAGAGUUGCUCCUUUUGCUGUUGGUGUUAUUGAUGCCGAGAAGCACGAGCUUCAGGAGGGUGUUUACGAACUCCAGAGAAGAUUGUACCAGCAGUUCAACAAGACUAACGCUCCUGUCACUGUUGUCGGCACUUUGCAGAUGUACUUGUCCGAAUCCGCUGACUUGUUGGCCAAGGAAGAGAAGUUGGCUAUCGAGAACAACUACAGAUUGGGCUUGAAGUUGGUCAGAGGUGCUUACCUUCACUCUGAGAAGGACCGUGCCGUCAUCCACCAGACUAAGGAGGACACUGACAUGAACUACGACCAGGGUAUCUCUUACUGCAUUGACUCCAUCAUGGCCCACCAGGGCAACGAGUCUCCUAUUGGUCACUUGGUCGUCGCCUCGCACAACGCCGAGUCUAUGAGAUUGGCUACUCAGAAGACUUACAAGAGCGAAUUCUCCAUUGGUAACAAGAACAAGGCCAACAUCUGCUUGGGUCAGUUGUUGGGUAUGGCUGACUCUGUUACCCACGAUCUUAUCAAGACCGACAAGGUCGACAAUGUCAUCAAGUACGUCCCAUGGGGUCCACCAUUGGAGACCAAGGAGUACUUGUUGAGAAGAUUGGAGGAGAACGGUGACGCUGUCAAGAACGAUAACGGUCUUCCUUUGGUGAAGGCUGCUAUCCAGACCAUGUUCAGAAAGAUUUUUGCUUAG